GACAGACAGAAAGACAGACAGAUAGCAGUGAAUACGUAACCUCCUUGGUGUAGAUACUUUUAACCAGAGGAGUUAAGGAAAAGUUGUUGACUUCUGGUACAACCGGCUACCUCGAGGAAGGGUACAUGCCUGGAGUUCUAAUGACAGUGAAUUUUUACAAGGAGGCUAACAUGCAUUUUGGAAUACUAAGGAAAUUACAGGGGGAUGAUGUACCAUUGAUGGUGAUGGAAUAUUGGCUAGGAUGGUUUGACCACUGGAGUGAACAGCAUCAUAUAUUUCCCUGGAAAGGGAUCAUUCUGGCUGUAAAAGAAGUCCUAGAGCUUGGAGCAUCUAUUAACUUCUACAUGUUUCAUGGUGGCACAACUUUUGGAUUUUGGAAUGGUGCCAACAUAGUUAAUCAUCUAACAUACCAACCAGUUGUUACAAGUUAUGAUUACGAUGCUCCCCUUUCUGAAGCUGGUGAUGUCACUGAUAAAUAUAUCAAAAUUAGAGCUUUAUUGAAGGAAGAAUCUCCCAAAGAAGCAGUUCCUGGUAAUUUGCCUAGUGUUCCUGUCUCUGUUGGUAAAAUAGCAUAUGGAGAAGUUACUAUCACUCAUUUCAUUACCUUAAAGGAUAUGCUACCUCUUCUUGGCACGCCAUUUAAAUCGAAAAAAGUCAUGCCGAUGGAGAUGUUACCAAUAAACAAUAACGGUGGCCAAGGGUACGGCUACAUACUCUAUAGGACAAAGGUCACAGGAGCAGCCAGUGAAGUAAAUUUUGUUCAGCUACCACAUGAUAGGGCUCAGGUCUUUUUUGAUGGCCACCCAGCAGGAGUCAUAUCAAGAUCAAAGGUCAACCCUGUCAAACUUCUGAACCUAGAAGAAGUGAAGAAGGAAAUAAAGGAGUUGAAGUCUGAAGAUGUCAUUAUGCUCGAUAUUCUUGUGGAAAAUCAAGGAAGAAUUAGUGCUAAGAAAGACAUGAUUUCUGACAGAAAAGGAUUACUACAUGAUGUAGAAGUGAAUGGAAAGGUACAGACAGACUGGUUAAUUUAUCCCUUGGAAUUUAAAAAGCCUUUUAUUGACGAAGUGAUGGCAGCAGACAAAUGGCAGGAUAUGAGACCUGAGAUCAAAGUGCCAGCACUUUAUAAAGGAUCCUUUGAAAUACCAAAUAGGACACCUAAGGACACAUUCCUGAGCAUGGAGGGCUGGAAUAAAGGCAUUGUGUUUAUAAACGCCUUCAAUAUCGGAAGGUACUGGAGAAUAGGACCCCAAAGAACCUACUACAUUCCAGGGCCACUGUUAAAGGCAGGCAGAAAUGAGAUUGUUAUUUUUGAGCAGCAUCAAAGUGCUGAGAAGGUUAGCUUUGUGGAUAAACAUGACCUCAGCCCAACGGUACGCAGAGGUGAAUGGAACUUCUAAGGCAGUUGAAGUACUAGAGCAGAUGGAGGGCUGCACCGUCUUUCAGAUGAGACGUUUAAACAGUUGGUCCUAGUGUGCAAUACGAGCCGUUUGAAAGGAAAAGAGUUGGGAAUCGUCUCCCGGUGUACUGCAUAAUCACCGCCAGAAGAACCUACAUGGCUUUUGUGGGAUACCCUGGUGUUUACAUUGCCGAAUAUAUUUGCAAAUUGACAGGAAAAGAAAAGAGAAGUAGGACUAGACGCGACAAAUGUAAGAACAGGAAAGUUGGAAAGAUACUGUCCAGGGAGCUCUCAUCUGUCCAGGAGAGAUUUCCAUAUUUUGAAAUUUACAUAAGAAGAAAAUGUGAGUCCAUUCUGCAGCUCAAAUCAUGCCGACUGCAAUCCCAGGAUUUAUUGGAUUAUUGGCUUGCCAAGAAAAAUUCACAUGAUAUUGUUUUAAAAGAUGAAUGAAAACCAAGGGAAUGCUUAUUUAAAUUAGGAGGGGCGUUUAUACAAACGGGAUGCUUAUUCGUUGAGUACGGUAUACAGUAUUUUGUUGGAAUUCCACCAAAUACAAAUAAUGCCACCAAAACAAGAUAUAAAUCAUAUGAAAGUGUAUAUUUUACUCUUUCUACAUUAAAUGUUAUAAGUAUAAAUUUUAAUUUUUUUUUCACAUUUUGAGUCCUUUAAUUUCCUUGCUAUUAACUUUCAAGAUAUAUUCAAUAAACAGAACAUUAAUAAAAUAUUGUUCUUUCUUGAUUUUAAUAUAUUGCAGUGGUAUUUAUUUCAUUAACCUUACAUAUUUAGGAUUUAUAUAAGUGAUUUUUACCUAGAUCAUUGGAUAGGCCUACAGAAUUAAUCAUGUACAAUAUCCUCUCGCUCCGUGGAAAGUGACGUAUCUAGGA